UAAAAAAACAAUUAUUUAAUCUUUACAGUUUUGGACAAGAUUGUGCAUAUGAAAAUAAAAUAAAAUAUUUUUUUUUGGGAAAACAAGCCAGAAAUCAAUAAAGAUAUACAUAUUUACUGUUGACACAUCAAUAACACUAAACAACUAAAAAGUCGUGGUUUUCAUAGCAGUUGUUGACUUUUCAACAACGAAAGCAAGCGCUAUAGAGGAGACACUUGGGAAACCCACUGUAAAAGAAAACAACGAAAACCUAAAUAAAUAAACGCCAAAUCAUAAUGAAUUGGCUGAGUUUUUCUGUAUUGACGGUGCUGCUUUGCCUGACCCAAGUGGCGUCACUGUCUUUAGAUCCAGUGGCUUCAUCAGAACUGGAACAACACAUUAAAAAGGGUGAUUGUGUUAUAUCGAUGCGUCAUAUAAGACCCCGCCGCAAACUACACAUUUCAAUUGAAGCUUUAUUUAUGAUCGAUUUUCCCACCCUUAAACAUAAAAUGUCUUUCUUCUUGGAUCGCAAACAGCAAAGAGUUACCUUGGAUAUGAGUGCUGCUGGAGAAGUGGAAUCAUUACACUUCGAUAUACCUCACACCAAUGAGACAAGUACUAUACGUUCCUUGGCUUUACACUUUCAUAAAAAUCGUAUUUCUUUGUUGGUGGAUUGUAAGGAAACCUCUUCACAUGAAGUGGAUAUGAAUCUGACAAAACUGUAUACACAAAUGGAUGAUCCAGUGGUUAAGUUGGUAUGUGUCAACAGAACUAGAACAUAACAAGAACAUAACAAG